AUGAAGACCACCAACCGAGACAUGGAGCCCAAAACCAACAGAACCACAGAACCCACCACCACCAGAACCAGGGAACCUCCUACCAGAACCAUGGAAUCCAUGACCACCAGAACCACAGCCUUCACCACCACCAGAACCAUGGAACCUACCACCACCACCACCAGAAGCACAGACCCCACCUCCAGCUCCAGGGAAACCUCCAGCACCUUCUUGUACUUCGCCUACGGCAGUAACCUGCUGAAGGAGCGUCUGACGCUGAAGAACCCGUCCGCCACCGUUCACUGUGUGGCCCGACUCAAGGACUACAGGUUGGUGUUUGGGAACCACAAAGGGCGGGCGAGCGAGCGCUGGCACGGGGGCGUCGCCACCAUCGAACACAGCCCCGGCGACGAGGUGUGGGGCGUCGUCUGGAGGCUCAGCGUCACCGACCUGGAGUCCCUGGACAGUCAGGAGAACGUGACCCUGGGAGCCUACAGCCCGGUGGAGCUCAAUGUGAAGACCACAGAACAAGACCUGAGCUGCAGAACCUACAUCAUGAACAGCUGCGUGUACGCCCCCCCGUCCCCACAGUACCUGAAGGUGAUGGUGAUGGGCGCGGCGCAGAACGGUCUUCCUCAGGAGUACCAGGCCAAACUGAGGGCCAUAAAGACCAACAUGUACGAGGGCCCGCUGCACGUGAUGGACGAGCUGGAGCGGGCGUGGCACAAGGUCGCACACAGCCCCGCCUCCUUAUGA